AAGCUCUAAACAUGUUGAGGAGUUACUUCCCGUAAACAACUCUGUUCUGGAUAAACACUCUCCAACUAACAGUAGAAUCCAUAUACAUCAAAGAAAAGGCAAGGAAAAAAUUUUAUCUGAUGGAAAGCUUACUGGAAGAAUGUCCAAAAAAGCUUCAUCUGAUGGAGAUCUUAGUACGAGAAUGUCAAAAGAAGAGGAUGAUAGCCAUGAGAGUGUGGAGAGCUGUAACAGUGCCAGGUUGCUGUCAUCGGGCAAGAAGAGGUGGGGCUUUGAAGAACAGUUCAUUGUUGGGAGUAACAUAUUCAGAAAGCAAAUUCAAGAAACUCCAGCUUGUACUUCCUAUGUUAAACAAGAUAGCUCCUUCAUGAAUUGGAUAUCAUGCAUGAUGAAGGGUUUCUCAAAAUCAAUACAGGAUGAAGCACUACCUCUUACCGUUGUACAUCCUGAUCUUGCUCAUGAGAAUUCUGAUAAGAAACUGAUCACACACAACAAGGACCAAGAUGCCGGACUAAAAUGUAUUGGUUUUCAGUCAAUUUUCCAGUCCUUGUACUGCCCAAGGGCAGAGGAAAAGGAAACAAGAGUGUCAAGUGGUGAUAAUGCAAUAGGAGAAAGAUCUGAGGAACCUGAGCUAGCUAUUGUCCCAAAAAAAAUUCGCCGGGAGGAAAUGAAUCUAGUCAAAAGAUGUUUUCUGCCAGUUGGAAAGCUCAGCGAGUCUUCCUGCGGUAAUGAAGUAGGUUCAGAAAUUCAACCAGAGAUUCUAUUUGCACAAGCAGCCAGUACUCAGGAUAAAGGCAAUAAUACUGAUUCUCUGAAGAACAGAUAUGCAUGCAACUUGGAGUAUGGUAAACAGAAAGAUGAAGUUAGCCCUAGUUCUUCUUUGGGAAAACGUAAGAGAAAACGUGUCGAGCAUGUUGAAUCUGACCCACAGUCUGAGGGGAAGACAACUGAUAAGUUUUUUCAUAGAAGAGACAUGCUGGGAAGUUUGUGGGUUACUCGCUUUACUCCAAAAAUAUCAGGUCCAUCAUUAAUGUCAGAUCGUUACAGUGUUGGUGCAGCUCUUGACUGCUCCAAUGACAAGAAAAAUGUGGGGGUGAAGGGGCAGUUAGUUGAAAAUACAGUUGUUGUCUCUGGUUAUGAGCUACAGGAUUGUGCAGCGGAUAAUGCAGGUUCACUUUCUUUCAAUAGAAAUGAAGGCCAGAGUGAUGAGAAGUCAGUUUCCAAACUAAAUCCAAUGCUUCCAGCCCCUCAGUUUGGAGGUUCUGAAGCAAUGGCUUCUGUCUUUGCUAGGAGAUUAGAUGCUCUUAAGCACAUCACUCAAUGUAGCAUGACAGGUAAUGCUGCUGAUAAAAUCAUUACCUGUUUCUUUUGUGGCAUACAAGGUCACCAUCUACAAGACUGUUCACAGAUAAAAGAUGCUGAACUUCAGGAUUUACCAAGAAAAUUCAAGUCUUAUAAUGGAGCAGAGUAUAUGUCUUCUUUCUGCAUUAGAUGUUUCCAAUGCAGUCAUUGGGCUGUCUCAUGUCCUAAUGUCAAAGUGGGGCAACCACAAUUGGAAUGUAAUGUGUCUUAUUGCUGCAGCCCUAGUCAAACCAAGCUUGAUGCAGAAGGAAAUAUGAAGCAGAUAAUUGGUAAAGAUGGUGGAUCUCUAGCUUCUGUGGAUCAGGAUGACUCAAGACUACAGAGGGAUCUUAAUUUGAGCUGGAAAUCAAAUGUUGCCUCCAAGAAAAUGAGACAUUCUUCAAAUUCAGUUAAGAUAUACAGUGCCUCAAGCUCUGGAAAAAAUAACAGCAAAGAAAAACAGGUCAUCCCUUUGUCACAGUUUUUCCAGAUGCCUGUUAAAGAUGUACCCAAAGGAAUCUCUGACUCUAUAAAAAGGCUUCGCUUGUCUCGUACAGAUGUCCUGAAAUGGAUGAGUUCUCAUACCUCGCUCUCGAAUCUGGAGGGGUUAUUUUUGCGCCUGCUGCUUGGAAAAUGUGAAACAGGACUAGGCGGAACUGGAUACUAUGUGUCAUGCAUAACUGGCACAACAGGUUCACAGAGAGAAAGUCAUCCACAGAAUGCCAGAAAUUCUAUAUCUGUCAUUGUUGGGGGGAUUAGAUGUGUGGUUGAGACCCAGUAUGUAUCCAACCAUGAUUUCCUUGAGGAUGAGCUGAGGGCAUGGUGGUCUGCAAUGUCAAGAAACAAGGCCAAGAUUCCGUCUGAAGAAGACUUGAGAGAGAAGGUAGAGAUGAAAAAAUUGUUGGGCUUCUAGCUUAACCAUUCAAUAUACUUGG